GGGGCAUCCCCGCAGUGGCCUGGGAGGUAUCAGAUCUGGGAGCUUUCCUAAAGCAAGGCUGGUGAGAGGAAUGGAUCCCUGGCACCAUGACCCAAGAGACCCCCUGGAGAAGAUAAGUCCUGGAACCUUCUUCUUCCACUUCCCAAGCCUGUGCUAUGCUUCAGGGCGGAAACUCUGCUACCUCUGUUUCCAAGUGGAAGGAGAGGGGGAGGAGGACUCCUGGUAUGACUUGGGGGUCUUUCAAAACAAGGUCUAUCCCCAGGCUCCCUGCCACGCAGAAGCCUGCUUCCUCUCUUGGUUCCGUGACCAGAAUCUGCCCCCUGAAGAGCAUUACCAUGUCACCUGGUUCUUAUCCUGGAGCCCCUGCCCCUCCUGUGCAGAGGAUGUGGUUGAGUUCCUGGAGGAAUACAGGAACGUCACGCUGAGCAUCUAUACCGCCCGCCUCUACUACUUCUGGGACCCAGAUUUCCAGGAUGGACUCCACAAGCUGUGGUGUGCAGGGGUCCAUCUGGACAUCAUGUCCUUUGAAGAUUAUGAAUACUGUUGGGAAACCUUUGUGGACCACAAGGGGAUGCGCUUCCAGAGUUGGGAUCUAUUAAGAGAUAAUGAUUUGCUGGCUGCAGAGCUCGAGAAUAUUCUUAGAAGCACAAUGAAUCCACUACGACGAGAAAUAUUCUACCAUCAGUUCGGCAACCAGCCCCGGGCCCCGAAGCCCUACCACCGGAGGAAGACCUACCUGUGCUACCAGCUGAAGCCACAUGAGGGCCCCAUAAAGGCCCAAGUCUGCCUUCAAAACAAGAAAAAGCGCCAUGCAGAAAUCCGCUUUAUUGACAGUAUCAGGGCACUGCAGCUGGACCAGUCCCAGAGAUUUGAAAUCACCUGCUACCUGACGUGGAGCCCCUGCCCCACCUGCGCGAAGGAACUGGCUAUGUUUGUCCAAGACCAUCCCCACAUCAGCCUGCGGCUCUUUGCCUCCCGCCUGUAUUUCCACUGGCGCUGGAAGUAUCAGGAGGGGCUGAGGCUUCUGCAUAAACCCAGGAUCCCAGUGGCCGUCAUGAGACUCCAGGAGUUUGAGGACUGUUGGAGGAAUUUUGUGGACAACCAGGGCGAGCCUUUCCAGCCCUGGAACAAGCUGGAACAGUACAGUGAAAGCAUUACUCGUCGGCUUCAGAGGAUCCUUGAGCACCCCCAGAAUAAUUUAGAGAAUAACUUCAGAAAUUUGCACAUUUGAGAACCAUCAAUCCCCUACCACAUUCCUGGAGCAACUCAGUGCUUCACAAACUGCUGAUUUUAGCAGCAACUUGUGAGUUCCACGGGCACACCUGAGCCUCCCCUGAGUCCGGAAAACCUUCCUUUCCUCCUUCGGUUCUUCUGUUUGUUUCUUUCUUUCUUUCUUU